AUGAAGACUACGAUUCUACUGUUUUGUCUUCUAGGAUCAACUCAGUCAUUACCAAAGCAGAUUAGCCCCACUCUGGGACUUCCUCCAACAACAUCUCCAGAUCAGGGGACACUACUGACCCGACAGCAAGCAAACCAGGUCUUUCCUUCCAUAAGUCUAAUACCGCUAGCACAACUGCUCACCCUGGGGUCAGACCUUCAAUUGCUCCACCCUGCCACUGGACCAGCACAUGGUACACAGAUGCUUCCUUUUCCCCUAGGGCCGCUGAACAGACCACAGCAGCUGCAGCCCCAGAUGUUACCCAUCAUUGUGGCACCACUUGGAGCUCAGGGUACUCUCCUAAGCUCAGAGGAAUUGCCAUUAGCCUCACAAAUCUUCACAGGCCUCCUUAUCCACCCCUUGUUCCCUGGAGGCAUUCUGCCCUCCAGUCAGACAGGGGCUAAACCGGACGCGCAAAACGGAGUCCUUCCUACAAGACAGGCAGGAGCAAGCCCGGCCACACAGGGAACCACCCGGGGCCAAGUCACAACUCCUGGUGUCACAGAUGAUGACGACUAUGAAACCAGCACCCCUGCAGGCAUGAGAAGGGGCCCACACACCACGGAGGGAACCACUCUAGACCCACCAAAUAGUAAGUUGUCCCAGCUUACACCAUGCUCAUCACCAGGAAGGUCAUCUGCAGAGUGGCAGAGAGGAGUUCUUUGCCUUUGCACUGACAAAAACAGACCUCAGUAG